UUGAUCGUUGACAAAAUGUGUUUUUUCGUCACCCUGCUGUGUACCGUUUUAGUGGCUUCGGUUUCUGGCCAGGUCUCUGUAAGAGGAAGACCAGCACAUUCCGCUCAAAUCGAAUUGGCGGUGGAGCCGCUGGAGUUAGAGCCACAGCUGACGGUGGACCAGUUGGCAGUUGAGCCCACUCUGUUUAUAAAAAAUCCCCGUGUCAUUCCAGUAGUUCUGCCUAAAACGGACACCAAAGAGUUCUUUCCCAAGGCAACUGCGGGAAAGCGUCGCUUUAUGCCCUAUGCUGGCUUCCCCCGCUAUUGGCCUGACUACGGUACACCUUCUGAUAACUGGUACAGCUGGAAUUCGGGUCCUCGUUACUGGAAUGCCCCGCGCACCUGGAUGGGCUACCCUGGCUCGGCCUCAUAUUGGCCCAGGCGCAGACUGGUGAAGCCACUGGCUAACAGCACUCCUGAAUUGGAGGCCAAUGCCCCUGCGGACCUCGAUGAUACAAUCGUUUCUGGUGUAGUUUCUUAUCCCAUUCCCGAAAUUGCUGAGGAGCGCGUAAUUCCUGAUGUAGCGGUUCUUCCUGAGGAGCUGGCUGAUCCAAUAGUGACUGCCCAGGUUAGCAGCUAAAUUAAUUUCAAAUAAAUGUUUUA